AUGGCGACACGAACUGGCGUGUCUGGCGGCCAUGCCCCUCCCUCCACGCUCGCCGCGCAGCUCGUGGAGAACAUCUCUGCGUCGACGAAAUCGUCCCGAUCUGACGACAAUAGCGAGCUGAGAAAACUCUCGGCGACGAUCCAGGAAGUCGAAAGCAAUCCCGGCAUCCUCAAGACGCCCGAAGAUCAACUGCGACACAAUCACCUUCUCACAUAUGUCUUCAUACGAGCAGUCCUCGGCGGCAUCAAGCUGAACGAUCCAUUCCUCGACCGCAAACACCUGAAAAGCGAGGUCCUCCAAGCGAUCAGCUUCCUGAAGCUCAUAAUAAAGGAGACACCGGCUGUCUUGGCGUACAAAACUGCGGAAACGCCCUUUGAAAUGCGCGGCGACGAGCCACUGUGGAUCUGGGUGUUCCCCAAGAUCCUGCGUCUGCUUGGUCACAGCCGCUGCCUCGACCUAACAGCCGACAUAGAGACCUUCUUCUAUGAGCUACUUGACAUUCUUUCAUCUGAUAAUUCACUGUGGUGUCUGGUCUCCUCAAUCACGGUGUACCUUCGAGAAAUUGCAAAUGCGCUUUUGCUGCGACUGCGAGACACGAAUACAAUUAUGAACGGACGGGACGAGUCUUUACAGGUCACGCUACCGGAGGAUGGGACAUUGGAGCUUCUGGUCGGAAAGGCUACCAUACAUACCAUCAAGCAGAGCACCUAUACCAUCUCGGGCAUGGCGGUUGGCCUUCGUCAAGCAUCAAGUCUUCUUAAAAUUCUUGGCCACCCUCUUGUGUCGCAGCAGCAUGCCAUGCUGCCAGACGACUUCUUCGCCGCACACCGUCCAUGGCUCGCGGACUCUCUGCUCUCCCUGCGAGCUCUCCUGGAAGGCUGGCAGCAUACUGUGCCGCUCGGACGGUCUGGAGUCCUUCGAAGCACCCUGAAUCUGCUUGCGGGGGACUUCAAGGGCACUAAAUCAAUUGCGAAACGAAAGGUUUACACCAUCCUGGCGCUUCACUGUGCAGAUAUCAUCCAACACUUCUCCGAACUCACGACGAGCGAAGGCGAAGAAGCCACCACUGCGCAGCAGAUCUUCUGCUGCGCGCUACUUCGUCUAUCACAUGCGGCUUUGCAUGACAGGAGCAUCGGUCGCCUCUCCAUGGCUAAGAUCGUUUUGCCCGCAGAAUCCGGUCUUCUUAUCCAGAACCCUUCGUGGGACAAGUCAAGUGACAUAUGGAGAUCUAUUCAGGUUUUGAAGGAAACAUCAGGCUCGACACCACCUGACAUACUCAGUCCGGAUUGCCAACCAGGACUCUUUGCUGAUUUAAACCUGCAGCGUCAAGUGGAACGCUUGGGCCUGAAGACGACGACCGAGUCCGUUAUUGAACCCAAGCCGAAACGCAGAAAGCUCUCGCAAAACUCGUUCGAGUCCACUAAGCUUCCCAAGUUGGUUGCGCAGAUUUACAAGAUAUUGGGUGCAGACCCGGGGAGCAGCAACUUUUCCCUGAACUGGUCUUUCAUGUAUUGUGCGAAACGCAGCGUUGCGGAACCGCGCACCAAGCAGACUGAUGGAAGGGCCAAGAGUGAGGUCACAAGUAUAUUCGUGAAACUCAUUGCUCAUGAAUCGUUUCUGUCGUCCCGGCGACCCAGGAUAGUUGCUAUGGUGUGCCUCCGACGCUUAAUAAUUCAUGCCGACGAUCAGGGCAUUUUAGACUUGGAGACGUCGGAGCUCGGGAAGUGGUGUCUUCAGUCUCUCCAGAGCUCUGUUCGUGAGCUUCGAAUCGCUGCUGGCGACCCAUCAUAUUUGAGUCAUAACCUGAAGACCGCGCUCUCGUUGUUGAAGAGCAUUUCUGAGCAGGCUGUCACGGGAUUUAGCGAGACAAACAUCAUGGCUUGGGGCCAGCUUGGAAGGCACGUGUCUGGGAACGAGCUGAAUCUGGUUCUGCUUCAACUACUCAAGUAUCUUGGAGGCAACAACAGUCUGAUAGCAUCUUGUGCUUUCAACGAGCUAUUCGAGCCCUUCUGGGGCAAUUUGGCUUUUUUUGCGAUCAAGGACAUGGUGGCUAGGCCACAAAUAAGUCGAGCUAUUGCCGAGUUGCUGCAGAUUUCUGUCAAUCAGCUGCUCAUACUCAUUCAGCGUUUUGCGUUGCCCUGGCUUGUGCUUCUUAAAAAGCGCGAUGUUGUGCAAAAAAUCACCGAAGCCCGUCGAGAGCAGGAUACGUACUUUUGCCUCAUGGAGAGCUCCAACAAUGGUCCCAUUAUGGCCCUCCUAUUGAUUCAGGACGCGCCCGAUCCUGAAGAGUUCAUCAUGUCGAGGUUGCGUGAGUUCUCGUCAAGAUUCGAGUCAUCGACCAUUGCCGAAAUGAUGAAGUCCGAGGCAGUCGCAAUCAUCCUCGAGCUGCUCAAAGCAGCUAGUGAUGCGGACGAAGAGAGGAAGCCGCGGAUCGUCCACGCCUUGACCUGGAUGGCAACAAAGGUCAUGGCUCCUAGCCGGGAGCCAAGAUCCAAGAAACAUUCGGCUAACAUCAUCGGCCGAUUUCUCGAAUCUUACAUGCUAGGGUCGAUUUCCCGCUUGGUCGAUGUGAUUAACGACCGCAUGUUGAGUGCGCCACCAGUCGAGGAACAACUGCAGUGUCUUCGAGCCAUGGAAGAGAUGAUCAGGCUCUGCAAAGCCUAUGUCCGGGGUGCGCGGCCUCAGGCCGCGUUGUCAUGUUGGGUCGCUCUGCUCACUCAUCUGGAAGAAGAAGACAUCGAGGUUCUCCUGGAACCCACGAUAUUCAUCAUUAAAUUCUACUGGAGGCAAUACGAUGACUCAUGUCGGGCCAUGGCAGUGGCAUUGAUCCAUCAAGUCCUAAAGGACUUCCCUGAUGUAGUUGAUAGGACGAUCAAGGUUCUGCCGACGCUCAAGGACAUACCGGAGCUUUCCGGGAUUGAAGCAAAGCUCUCUUCUUUGAGACCAUCUUUGGACCCGCGGGGAGCAUUCGUUGUCUUUGCGGAACGCUUAUCUCAUCAAAACUCAGGCGUUGUUCUCCUAGCGCUCGAAGAGCUGGUGGAGUACCUCAAAGACAACCAGGGCUACCUACACAGUUCGGCCAUCAGCGAGCAGCCCGACACCGUCGUCACCACACUCUUGCGGUCUCUGCUAGACUGUGCAGCAAAAGUCGGCACGUCGGAUAUUGUCGUAGCCAGCGCCUGUACACAAUGCAUUGGACUCAUCGGCUGCUUAGACUCGAACCGGAUUGAGACUACGCGCGAGUCAAAGUCGAUGGCUGUGCUGCACAACUUUGAGGAUUCCCAAGAGACAACAGAUUUCGUGUUAUUCAUCCUGGAGGAGGUCUUAGUUAAAGCUUUUCUCUCCACGACUGACACAAGAUUGCAAGGCUUUUUGUCUUUUGCGAUGCAGGAUCUCAUGCAGAAAGUCGACCUUCAGUCCGCCUUGGCUUCAUCGACGAAAAUACCAAACAGCACGAGAUCUGCCGAGGGAAAUAGCGUCUACCGGAAGUGGAUUGCUCUGCCGGAGAGUGUGCGGGAGGUCCUGAGCCCCUUUUUGACUUCCAGAUAUCUGCUGGCACCAGCCAAGAUCCCACCAGCAGAGUAUCCCAUCUUUCAGCCUGGCAAGUCGUACGUCCAGUGGGUUAGAGUAUUCGUUCUGGACCUCCUGCAGCGCCCCCUCAACGAACAUGCGCGUCUUGUUUUCGAGCCGUUGAGUCGUCUCAUCCGAGUCAAGGACGUCUCCGUCGCCGAAUUCCUCCUUCCCUACCUGGUGAUCCACGUCAUUGUAGGCAACAAGAGCACGCAGAGUGAGCGCGAUCGUGUUACAAAUGAGCUUGUCAACAUCCUGCGACACCAAACAAGGGACGACGCGACUUACGCAGAACGAGACGACAUGAAGUUAUACUGUGAAGCCGUCUUUCGUGUUUUUGAUUACGCCAUGAAGUGGGUGCAGGAGAAUGGUCGAAAUGCAAAGUCUGACCUCAAAGCCCUGGACCGUGUCAAGUCUGUCGUCGGCAUGAUUUCACCAGAGCUCAGAUCACAGCGAGCGAUGGAUUGUAAGGAGUACUCACGAGCCUUGUUCUAUCUCGAGCACCAUGCGCAGGAGCUCGAAUUGAAGCAAGGCGAUCCCUCCGAACGGACGCGCCUUCUGGAAAGACUCCAGGAUAUAUACACUCAAAUCGACGAGCCAGAUGGACUCGAUGGUAUAUCCGCCCGCCUGCACGUCCUCGACGUCAACCAGCAAAUUCUCAGUCACCGAAAAGCAGGCAGAUGGACAGCUGCGCAGACGUGGUACGAGAUCAAGCUUGCGGAGGAACCUAGUAAUGUCGACAUUCAAGUCGAUCUGCUUACCUGUCUGCAGCAGUCUGGGCAGCAUGACGUUUUACUGAAUCACGUUGAGGGCAUGCACUUGGACGUCACCUCGGAGAACCGAAUAGUGCCCUUUGCAGUCGAAGCAGCCUGGGCCACAAGCAGAUGGGACACUCUUUCCAAAUACGCUGGCAGGUUUCAUGGAGACUUCAUGGAAGAUUUCAAUGUAGGUAUCGCGAGGCUCUUUGAUUCAAUGCGUCAAGGAAAAUCCACCCGAACGAAAUUCACAGAGACGCUCGACCUUAUGCGAAAGAAGAUUGCGUCUGGCCUGACAUACACAGCUACGUCUUCGUUGCAAGCAUCGCAUGAGCUCAUGUUGAGGUGCCAUAUCCUUACGGACAUUGAGCUCAUUACUCAGGAGCGGGAGGUCGAUGGCCCUCAACACCAGGCAACGUUGAAGCUUCUAGAGCGUCGUCUGGAGGUUUUGGGUGCCUAUGUCUACGACAAGCAAUAUCUUCUGAGCAUCCGCCGUGCCGCAAUGCAGCUUUCGCAACCCAUCUAUUCAGACAUUGACAUAUCCUCUCUCUGGCUAUCCACUGCAAAACUUGCUAGGAAAGCCAACUCGAUGCAGCAGUCCCUCAACGCCGUGCUCCACGCGUCCAAAUUGGGAGAUGACUCGGCUGUCAUUGAGAAUGCCAAGCUUCUCUGGAAGGAUGGGCACCCGCGAAAGGCGAUACAAGUCCUGCAGGGCGCCAUUGACGCCAACAAGUUUGCAACACAAGUCAACAACAGUACAAGUUCUUCCAAGGGCAUGGACAUGCAACAGAGGUACUUGACCGCUCGAGCGCAGUUGACGCUCGCUAAAUGGCUAGACGCUGCCGGCCAGACACACGUGAUCAACCUGCGAGAGAAGUAUCAACAAGCACCAAAGACGCUCUCCAUGUGGGAAAAAGGACACUUCUUCCUGGGGAGACACUACAAGAAACUCAUGGAGUCAGAACAGACUCUCAAGCUUGACCAUCAAAGUGACGCCUACCUGCAGGGCGAGAUUGCGAGACUGGUCAUCGAGAACUAUUUGCGGUCGCUCAGCUACGGCACGAAAUAUCUGUUCCAGACGCUGCCCAGGAUAUUGACGCUUUGGCUGGAGCUCGGGGCCCAAGUCGACAAGCCGCCCGAAGGCAAGAUCUCCGUGUCACGCGAGCUCCACAAGAGACGUGUCGAACAGCUGAACAUGCUGCAUAAAUUCCUCGACAAGUACAUCAUCAAGCUACCGGCGUUUAUCUUUUAUACGGCUCUGCCCCAGAUUGUGGCCCGUAUCGCACACCCGAGCCAGCACGUCUUCGACCGACUGAAGAACAUCUUGGUCAAGGUGGUGGAGGCGCAUCCGCGACAGGCGUUGUGGGGUCUUUUUGGUAUCAUGACGACGAAGCAGGCCACGGAGAGGCGGGAGAGAGGCCAGAGGAUUCUGCAAACCCUGCGAAGCGUGUCAGCCAGAGUAGAGAAUGGCAGCUACGACCUCAAGACGCUCCUUCGAAUGGGAGAGAAGCUGGCGGAGCAGCUGUUGCUGGCUUGCAACAACGGCAACUUUCAGAGCAACCGGACGACCAAGGCGAGCAUCACGCGCGACCUCAACUUUAAUCACAAGUGUACACCGUGUCCACUGGUGGUGCCGAUCGAGGCGUGCCUCACGGCGACACUGCCGACGCUGGCAGACAAUGUGCGCCGAUACAAGGCCUUCUCGCGCGACGUCGUGACGAUCGACUCGUUCCUUGACGAGGUUCUCGUGCUGGGUUCGCUCGCGAAGCCGCGACGGUUGACGGCGCGGGGGUCGGACGGAAAGAAUUACAUGCUUCUCAUCAAGCCCAAGGACGACCUGCGGACGGACCAGAGGCUGAUGGAAUUCAACGCCAUGAUCAACCGAUCACUGAAGCGCGAUGCCGAAUCGAGCCGGCGGCAGCUGUACAUCAGGACGUACGCGGUGACGCCGCUCAACGAGGAGUGCGGCAUCAUUGAGUGGGUGGACGGACUGAAGACGCUGCGCGACAUUUUGCUGGAGCAAUACAAGAUGCGCGGGACGCACCCCGACUACAACGCCAUCAAGCGCAUGAUGAAGGACGCCGUGACGGGCACGAGCAACAUCCACCUGUUCACAGAGGGGGUGCUCGGGACUUUCCCGCCGGUGCUUCACCACUGGUUCAUAGAGCAGUUCCCGCACCCGGCCGUGUGGUUCGCGGCACGGCUCAAGUACACGCGGUCGUGUGCCGUCAUGUCCAUGGUGGGGACGAUUCUGGGCCUCGGCGACAGACACGGAGAGAACGUCUUGUUGGAGAAGGAUAACGGCGGCAUCUUCCACGUCGACUUCAACUGCCUCUUCGACAAAGGGCGGACAUUUGGGCGAGGCGGAAGCGGGGUGGCGUUCCGGCUGGACGCACAACAUGGUGACGGCGAUGGGGAUGCACGGGUACGAGGGCCCGUUCCGCGCGUGCAGCGAGCUGUCGCUGGGCAUCCUGCGGCAGCAGGAGGAGACGCUCAUGACGAUCCUCGAGGCGUUUAUCUACGAUCCGACGCUGGACCUGCAAAAGGUCAAGAAAUCGAGCCGCGCGGUGGUGGCGCCGGGGGAGGUCAGACUGGAACCGCCGUACGUGGUGGACAGCAUCAAGCGCAAGGUGAGGUAAGUGGUAGGCAGAGGACGGCGCCAGCCCCUAAGUUUUCCUCUGGUUCGUGGUGGCCCUUCCCAAGCACACGUCGUCCGUCUUCUGCUGCCAUCAAAGGUAGUGCGCCCCCGCCAAACGUCACGCCAGUUGGUCGAACGCCUGGCGACUUCUCCAAGAACCCGCAUCGGAGCCCCAACGACUCCAGGCUUGUGACCGACCCCCUCUGCGACAGACAAUUAUCGUCGUCUCAUUCACGGUCAGCGACACAUCCGACAGUAUCGGCUGUUUUCCUGCGUGCCCUUCAUUCCCACAACAGCGCGAAGCACAGAGAAGCAGUCAACAUGUCGUCCUAUCGAAUCGAGGUCUCCGCCAACAACCGCGCCGGCUGCCAGGAUAGUGUCUGCAAGGCCACCGCGACCAAGUGCCUCAAGGGCCAGCUGCGCUUCGGCACGUGGACCGAGAUCCAGGACCACGGCAGCUUCCGCUGGAAGCACUGGGGAUGCGUCUCCGGCAAGCAGAUUGAGGGCCUGCGCGAGACAUGCUCGCGUGGCGGCGACGCGUUUGACUUUGAUGCUAUCGACGGCUAUGAUGAGAUGGCCGAUCAUCCCGACCUGCAGGCCAAGAUUCGCGAGGCGGUCGAGCAGGGUCACAUUGCGCCCGAGGAUUUCAAUGGUGAUCCCGAGUACAACAAGCUCGGCCAACGCGCCAUCCGUGGUCGUGCAGCCGUGACCAAGGCCAAGGCUGGAGAGAAUGACGAUGCCGCAAAGGACGAAGAGGCCGAAAAGGCGCCUGCCAAGGGUAAGAAGCGCAGCCGCAAGGCCGCUGACGACGAGGGCGAGCCUGAGGCCGCAGAGGACACCAAGUCGAAGAAGCGCACCAAGACUGCCGCCGCUGCUUCAGUCAAGAAUGACGAGGAGGAAAAGCCCAAGCCUAAGCCCAAGCCCAAGGGCAAGACUGCCAAGACCGCUGUCAAGGCGGAGGAGUCUGACGACGAGAAGCCGAAAUCCAAGGCAAGGGGCAAAGGUGCCAAGGCCGCUGUCAAGAAGGAGGAUUCAGAGGAGGACACUGAGGACGUUCCCGUCACAAAGGUCAAGGCCAAGCGCGGUAAGGCUGCCCCUGCUGUCAAGGCCGAGGAUGAGGAAGAGCCCAAAGCAAAGCGGGGGGGCAGGCGUACUGCCGCUAAGAAGGCUGUUGUGGAAGAGUCGGAGCCUGAGGACGAGGACGAGGAGGAGCCUGCUCCCAAGCCCAAGCUCAAGAAGGCCGCCGCUGCCAAGGGAAGAAAGAAGACAGAGGUUGCUGAGGAGGGAGACAGCAACGAUGCGUCUGCCGCAGCACCCAAGCGAAGGAGCCGUAGGAGUGCAGGUGGAGCUUGA